AUGGGUUUCGCAUUCCCAGCCGCUCGUCAGGUGUGCCACUCGCUGCGCGCGCUUUCGAUUAUCUUUGCCCUUGCCCUCAUCGCCGGCUCUCUUCCUACCACCGCGGCUGGGCUUGUCCAAAGAGACGCUGCUCCUCCAGCAGAAGCUUGGAACAGCAGUGCUGCGGCCGAGUGGUUGUUGACCAGAGAUAUCCAGCACCCAUCGACCGCCGCAGAGUCUCAGGUCAGAGAGGUGAUCGAGAUCCUCGCCGGCGUCCCGGGUAGCAAGAUCCCCGGCCCAUCCACGGCCUUGAAAACCGUCGAGACUCAGCUACAAAGGGGGCUUCAGGCUCGCGGCAGAAACAAAGGAAAAAUCGAGGUCUUCUUCAUCAUCUACGGCGGGAGUAACGGCGAUGUUCCCCUUCUCUCGUCGGUACUUCAAGGCAUGCUCGACAGACCGGCCAUCUUUGACGUAAAGCACGCCAUUGUCCUCGGGGAUAGCUACCGAGAUUUCUUCCCCGAUGGCUUGAAGGCGAAAUUCGCGAACGACAAUCAUGAGUGGGCUUCGAAAGUGAACCCGCCCCGGCGCGACCAGGCCGUUGCCAUGUUCAUGAAGAAGAUGGAGUCCAUCCUUCACGGAUGGAAGCCCGACCUCAUCGUCGCAAGCCACUUCAUCCCCCCUUCCGCCACCACACCUGAUCAGCGACGCCAGAUCCAGCAGCUGACCGCACCGGCCCGCGACCGGAUUCUGGUCGAGCUCCAAGUCUUCUACUUGCCAGGCAUCCGCUCCACCGCCCUCACGAAGAAGGACAUCAAGCCCAAUCACAUCCGGAUCUACGCACAGCAGCCCGAAAUCUGGGACAGCUCGUCCCCCAGUGCCGUAGGAGCGGCGAUGGUUGGGAAGCUUCCGCGACUGUCGGCCCGGUCCAGUACCGCCAAGCCGAGUCGCCAGGGCGAGGUGUACUCAUGGAUCGACAAACAGGGUAAACGUCCCAUCUUCUACAUGGGCAUGGGCAUGAAGGAACGCCAGUUCGAUAAGGACCAUGCCUUCCCAGCAUUCUUCGAAGUCGCCAAGCAGGAGCUGGCCGCCCUCACCGACUGGAGCUUCAUCAUUCUGCACAACGUCAAACGCUCAGAGUCUAGCUUCCGACGUAUCACUCAUAACGGACGCGUCUUCCAUCUCUUCGUCGGCGAAACGUCGUGGGCCACGUUGUUCCCGGAAAUGUCUCUGGUCCUGACCCACGGCGGCGUCGGCUCCAUGACGGACGCGAUCGCCGCCGGUGUCCCCCAAAUCAUCCUGCCGACGGACUACGCUGCUGAUCAGACGUACUUCGCACGGCGGCUGGAAAAGAUGGGCGUCGGCAUCGGCCUGCCGCAGAUCCCCUAUUCCGCGCUCUCCAAACCGGACUACGUGUCCGUCAAGGAGAUCCGGGACGCCUUCUCCAAGAUCAGGACCAACAGGAAGCACUACAUCGACGGCAUCAGGCCAUUCCGUAAGAACUUGGCCGAUACCAACGCCUUAGGCAACACCUUCGAGCUCGUCGAGAGGAUGUGCGCGGGCUUGAUCGCCAGGGCCUAG